AUGCUCUUCACCAACUACCUCUCUGUCCUGCCCGUCCUCAUGGGCCUCGCGGCCCCGGCCAUGUCCUCCCCUGUCAACGUCACCGAGUCUGUGCUUGACAAGCGUGCCUCGACCGUCCUCCACGACAGCAAGGACGGUGUCGACGGCGCUGGCUUCUACUACUCGCUCUACAACGACAACAAAGCCUCCGUUGGCUACACCGAGUACUCUGAUAGCGGUCGUUUCGAGCUGGGCUGGAACACUCCCAACAAGGAGUUCCUUGGUGGAAAGGGUUUCCGUGGCGGUGCUCCUCGCACCAUCUCCUGGGACGGUUACUUCAAGGCUUCUGGUGACUGGACUCUUGCCAUCUACGGAUGGACCCGUGACCCCGUGACCGAGUGGUACAUUGUUGACUCUCACGGUUCUGGUACUCCUGGCAAUGGACACAUCCUCGGUCAGGUCUACAGCGACGGCGGUGUCUACGACGUCUACAGCUUGGACUACAACAACGUUCCGGAGAUCUACGGCGCCACCAGCUUCAAGCAGUACUGGUCCGUCCGUCGCGAGCACCGCACCACUGGCACCGUCAACGUGGCCAACCACUUCAACGGUUGGAAGAAGCUUGGCUUGAGACCCGGUAACCCCGUUUUCCAGAUGAUCACUCUCGAGGGCUUCAAGGGUGAAGGUUACCUUGACUUCACCGUCCGCCACUAA